UGGGGAACCAGGCCCACCCAAUAAAAUAGAGAAGUUAUGUUCCAAAUAGGACGUUAUGUGUUUUCAAUUAAACAUGCAAACACCAUCAGAUAGAAUUCAUAGCAACCAGUGCACUGCGUUAGUCAGAUUUGAUGAAAUAUAACAUGACACAUGAACUUGACAGGAAUUCACUAAUAAAAACUAACUGAAAGCCACACCCCCAAUAAACCACUCGAAUAGGACUGCAUUUAGGCACAUGUCACUGCAUUCUUCAUUUAGCAAACAAGACCGCUCAUAAUCCAGUGCCUUUAUCACAGUCAACAACACACCUAUAAUUGAAUUGUGUGUGUGGGGGGGGGUGCAUCCACAUUUCUGCAGGCCCACCCACCAACAAAUUUCUGGCUACGUACUAAUUUUGCGUAAGCAAAUGAUACCAAAGCAAACUGUUUACAUUCUUGUUCUUGUUUACAGUAAGUCUAUAUCCUUCCUAAAAAUUGGACAACAAAAGCCUAUUUGUUUCGCUGAAACAAAAAGUUAUUUGACCGUCUUCAUAAAGUCCCUGAGCCUUUAUCAAACGAAUGGAUGUUUGGUCCAGGAUGUACAGUUCAGUUGAAGUGAGUUUCACUGCCAAGCACUGUAGGAAACCUUCCCAGUUACCUUUCACCUACUUAGCCUCCACCACGGACAUGAGAGGGUUAACUCCUUUUCUUUGUGGUCUGGCCCCAGCUCAUGAAUUGCCUACUUGCUCCCCAGCAGUUAAAUCUGGGCCUUGGGAAUUACCAUAUAAUGUAGGCAUUCUCUGUGGUGAACUUUCCCCUAAUUCUCACACUGCUCCAGGCCAAAUUAUACAGCACGUUCCCCCUGACUUCCAACACAUUGCCAAUGACUUCACACAACCGCAAUCGGCUUCAUUCUAUCCCAGCCACAUGAUUAAGCCGACUCAGGUAAUACUGUCGCAGAAAAAAAGCUCUCGCUGUACUUUGAUGGAUGCGUUUUCUAAUAAGCGCUAAUAUCUACAAUCGACACGGAGUGUGUUAAGAAGUGCUUCAGUAAAUUAAGUACAAUCAGUUAUUUUUCAUUAUGGAGGAAGCAAGACAAUGUAUAUUCCCAAACUGCAUAUAAUCAGGCAAAUUCGUAACUCUGCAAAUGAAUAUGCAAUGUAACAUUGAGUUGUUUAAAACCACUGAUUUACAGUGCCUUGCGAAAGUAUUCGGCCCCCUUGAACUUUGCGACCUUUUGCCACAUUUCAGGCUUCAAACAUAAAGAUAUAAAACUGUAUUUUUUUGUGAAGAAUCAACAACAAGUGGGACACAAUCAUGAAGUGGAACGACAUUUAUUGGAUAUUUCAAACUUUUUUAACAAAUCAAAAACUGAAAAAUUGGGCGUGCAAGGCACUGUAUCUAAAUCCCUUUUCUUAUCGUAUGGGAAAUAAUGGUAACUUGUGUCAUUGCUAUAUUACGGUCAAGUAACCCCGUAACACAUGAUCAACAACAAAGAAAUCGAUGUCAGUGUCAAUCACAGGUGACAGGUUUAAUACUCAUCGCUGCAUCCUUUAUUAGAAGUUUGGCUCGACCUCUUAAUUCCCAUGGAUCACGUCACUUCUCCCUUUUUGUUGACAAAGCUCUUGUGCACAAACUUGCAACAUUAUCUCACCUCUGUUAAAGUAGAAAAAUACUGGGCACCAAACCUGUUCACAGGGUUGGUUAACUCGAGGUCCCUCUUGUCUCUAUCAACCGAGGUAGAACAGCCUUUAGUUAAGGCAAACCAUUUCAUCUUGAAUCAUUGGUGGCGAGGCGGCAGUUUAGAACACUGAAGAGGGUUGAAUUCCCUGAGGUUUUGCUUUGAUUGUGUUUUAUUUGUUUUGUUGAGAUGUGGUGUGUCGGUAUCUGCUGUGUCCUGUAGUUUUUUUUGUCCAUUUUUUUUGCUGUUUUAUAUUGUAAGUUGUUUUUCUCAAUUGGUUCCCCUGAAUACACACUGAACAAAAACAUUUAAAAACUCAACAUGUAAAGUUUUGGUCCCAUGAGCUGAAAUUUAAAAAAAUCUCAGAAAUGUUCCAUUUGCACAAAUAGCAUCUCUUAAAUGUUGUGCACAAAUUUGUUUACAUCCCGGUUGGUGCCAAAAUAAUCCAUCUACCUGACAUGUGUGGCAUAUCAAGAAGCUGAUUAAACAGCAUGAUCCUUACACAGGUGCACCUUGUGCUGGGGACAAGAAAAUACCACUUUAAAAUGUGCAAUUUUGUCACACAAACACAGUGCCACAGAUGUCGUGAAAUUGGCAUGCUGACUGGAGCUGCCUCCAACGUCAUUUUAGAGAACUUGGCAGUACAUCCAACCGGCCUGACAACAGAAGACCACGUGUAACCAUGCUAGCCCAGGACCUCCACAUUCAGCUUCUUCACCUGCAGGGUCGUCUGAGGGUGUGUGUGUGUGGGGAGGGGGGGAUUCAAACUCAUUGUGAGGAACAAACUCAUUGUGAUUAGCUGGGCCUGGCUGCCAAGUGGGUGGGCCGAUGCCCUCCAAGGCCCACCCAUGGUUGCACCAGUGCCCAGUCAUGUGAAAUUAAUAGAUUUGGGCCUAAUAAAUGUAUUUCAAUUCACUGAUUUCCUUAUAUGAACUGUAACUCAGUCAAAUCUGAAAUUGUUGCAUUUAUAUUUUUGUUUUAGUAUACAUAUAUUUUUUAAUCAGCCUGUAUGGCUUUCCUAUCUUGUUUGAUGUGAACCACAUUCUUUGUUAAAUCAUGAUGUGUUCAAAGUGCAUCAAUCUAUGCCUUGUCAUACAGCUGUCUGAUUGUGAAUUUCUAGUGUACUGACAAGUCUGAACCCCUUUCUGGGUACAGAAUGAUAGAAACAUUAUAGAGACAGUAGCUUUCUGUUUAACAUCCUUAUGAUCAUCAAUACAUCCUAAUGUGUUUGCACAAAAAGCUGUCUUUAUCAUACAGCUGUGCAUGGCAAUGUGCAAGGGUUUACCCGAAAAUCUAAAUUCUUUACUGUAUUCUAAGGGUACUGAUGGAAACCAGCUUCAUUGUUACAUCAUGUGCUCCCCUCCCAGUCCUCCUCUAGACAAGAGUGGGGGAGAAACCAGAGAGCAGAUCUCCCCCCUCUGCUCAGCCAGCCAAUCAGAUCAGCCAGCUGGCUGGAGUUGAAGGGCUCUGAAAGUAUAAAUCUGAAGUGCUCUUCACAGAGAAGUAGGAGCUUGAGAUCUAGUAACCAACUGGAAAGGGUGCACACUUUGCGUGCCUCUGCAAACCACCGGAGGAUAAAACAAACCAAAGAAACUGAGUCAACGAACUAACAAACAAAGGAAAGCAAGCGACAAUGAAGACAACACUAGUAACUGUGACUCUGUGCCUGGUCAUUCUGAUGGCCACCGGCAACCCCUUCGAGAGGAGAGGAGGCUUGGCCGCUGGCGGGAAGGAGAAGAGGGUGCAAUAUGCGGCGUGGGACGAUGUGAACGUGAUCGCCCACGGCCUGCUCCAGCUGGGUCAGGGGCUCAAGGAGCAUGUGGACAAGACCAAGGGCCAGAUGAGGGAUAUCACUGCCAAGCUGAAGGCCUUCAACGGUACCGUGGCCGACCUGGGCAAGGAGGGUCAGAGGCUGCAGGCAGAGGGCGACACACUGAAGGCCCGGGCCCGGGGGCUGGAGGACAGGGAAGUCCAGGUGCUCAACGUGACGGCCGAGCUGAGGGAGAGGACAGAGGAGAUGCAGCAGGAGAGGAAGAGGGUGGAUGAGCGGAUGAACAAGCUGGAGGAGAAGGUGGAUGGCAUGCUGCAGGGAGAGGGGCUGCCCGACAUGAAUGCAGGCAACUACAGCGAUGCCCGCAUCAUUCAGUGGAUGCUGGAAGCUCAGAAUAAACGUAUUGAUGACCUGGUCAACAGAAUCCGACUCCAGCAAGAUAAACUUGACAAGCAGAACGUGCGCGUCAGAACCCUGCAAAGCCAGAUUCAGCUGACAAAAGAGAGACCAGCAUUCAGGCGUAAACCAGAGGAGGCCGUUCACAAUGGUAGCAUUGAGCAGCGCGACUCACCCAUCGAGAUGGCCUCCGAUUGCCAUGAGCUGUUCCUGAAAGGUGAGACGGCCAGUGGCGUGUACACCAUUCAGCCAUUAAACUACCAAUCCUUUGAAGUCUGCUGCGAAAUGACAGCCGAAGGUGGCUGGACUGUGAUCCAGAGGCGCCAGAAUGGCUCAGUUGACUUUGACCAGCUAUGGCUGGCCUACCAGAGCGGCUUUGGCAGUCUGAGUGGUGAGUUCUGGCUUGGUCUUGAGAAGAUGCACGCCGUGGCCAAAGACACGGACUACACCCUCAAGGUCAAGUUUUCCGACUGGAUGGAUGAUUCUGAGACGGUCCAGUACCCCAUCCGUCUUGGCGGGGAGGAGAGCCACUACGCCCUCCACAUCCAGGAGACUUCCAUCGGCAACCUGGAGAGCUCCCUGGCCACCGAAGCCUCCGGCCUGCCCUUCUCCACCCGCGACCAAGACAAUGACCAGAAGAGCGACACCAACUGCGCCAAACACCUCUCUGGUGGCUGGUGGUUCAGCAACUGCGGACGCUCCAACCUGAACGGGCGCUACUUCAUGAGCCCUCCUCCCAAACAGAGGCAUCAGAGGAAGCAGGGGGUUUUCUGGAAGACCUGGCGUGGCCGAUACUAUCCCCUGAAGACCACCGUCAUGAUGAUCGCACCCAUCGCGAUCGAGAACAAGUCGUAGAGGAGAGACCCAGCAAUCUUCCGACUUUUCUCUUCUUAAACUGAAACACCUUUAGAGGCGGUUGGCCGACGAGUUAGGUUAGCGACCUGCUCAUCCCAGGCCUCGCCCACUUAGGCUUCCAACAGAGCCAAGGCCAUCAUAAAAGCCAAAACGAACUCAUAGUUGAAUGGGCUCCGUGUUUCCAAAGCUUUGUUUUUCGAAAGUCUUCAAGUCUCUCGGCUACAGACACAACCGAACAAUGCAGAAAUGUCUGUUUUAAGGAGUGAAGAAGUACAUGUGCAUCAGCCUUAGUGGAAAUGAAUGGCACAGAAUGAGGCGAGUGCCAACGUGUGUUCUGUGUUCCAAGAAACAACGCAUUUUCUACAUGUGGAGACCAAUCUGACAGAUGUUUUUAAAUGCAAGCGCUCUACCCAGAUGUUGAGCAGUGACAUCUAGCUAGAAUAUGGUGUUGUCAGCAUGAACACUGCCCUCCACUGCAGUUGUACAAGUGGGGCAACUGUGGAGUUUAUUAAUCCGAUUGUAUGGACCAAAAUGGUGACUGAAACAAUUAGUUGUUUUCCACAUGAACGUAAUGGCAUUAGCUAUUCAAAGGCAUUAUGUAAAUAAAUAAUCAAUGUAAACUAGGAUUACAGAAAGUGUGUUAAGAAUUUUUAAACAAUAAUGGUUUCUUUGUCUACAUUUGCCUGUUCCUCUAUGGAGCAAAGCACAAUUCCAGCCUUUUGUACAAAGUCACUUUUUAUUUUUUAUUUUUUUUCCUGCAGUUUUAUUUUGAAUCAAAGUAAGCUCCUGCUCCACUGUUGUGUUCUAGUGGAGAUGUUUUAUUCCUCAGUCAUAUUGACUGCAUUUAAAAUGACCAGAGUCGUUUCUUUCUGUAUGAUAAACCUUCACUGCAACCCGUUGUCACAUUCUCUAGUGUUCUUUGUCGAUGACAUUUAGUUUUUUCCCUUUUUUAUUUAAAAGCUUUAAAGAAUCUUUAUAUAAUUGUGGUAUUGUCUGUUUGUAAUUUAUAUAGUCUAUUUUAUGUUUUUCAGUUGUAAAAUUGUUGCUUUUCUUUUAAAGAAAAUAAACAGAUUUUUGGCUUCAAUAGGAGUCAAUAAAAAUGAUUUAAAGAACAAA